AUGGACGAUGUCAACACUCAUCACCAUUUGAGGCCCUAUUAUGAUGCAGAUACGUUUAACGCUGGCUAUAGCUCAGUCUUCAAACCGGAUCAAGGAGUUGUUGACAAUCAUGGGUUCAGCAUAGCAUCAAAGUUGAACAUAAUGUCACAAACCAAGUCCAAGUUCUCGAAGACACUAAGGGAACCGGGUAUUCUAUCUCAGUUGACCACGGGAUUUAAAGCUCAGGUAAGAGAUGCAGAUACUACGGCAGAAGAAGCCCAGAAAACCCUCAACGACAUGGAGUGGAACGAUCUUUUGAAUUGGAGGUCUUGGAGAAGCAUAGGGACCAACCUGCUGGAACAAUUCCUACGGCGCUAUUCUAGGCACCUGUUCCAACAACCAUUUGAAAUCUCGAGGUUGCUAUUACAAGUUGGCGAGUUUCAGUUAAUCAAAGUUGACGAUCAAUCCAAGAUCGCACUAGAGCUAAGUGAUCGCGGAAGUGGGUACGAGGAGAGAGAGCAAGACGAGGAUGAUGACGAAGAGAUCGAAUACUUUCCCAGGGCUGACCCAGAUACCUCCAGUCUAUCCGACACACCACAAUCGCCAAACAAGCACGCCGAGCGUGAACACACGGCACCUACCUUAACCAAAAAGAUCCUACCAGAUUCUUUGCACACCAUGGAUGUGCUCAAUGCCGUUAUGGAGGAAGAAGGCACACGCGGCCUUUGGAGAGCUAACAACACCACUUUUAUCUACAACUUUUUAUCAGUGACGCUGGACGCCUGGUUCACAGGUUUGAUUAGUCCUUUUUUGCAAAUACCAGACCCGUACUUCAUCGAUAUUGUUCACUCUACAGACACACGCAAGUCCAUUUUCCUCACUAUUGGCGCUAGCGUCUUUACCGGAUUAGUGCUGCUUCCAGUGGACCUUAUUAGAACAAGGCUCACUAUCACGUCCGUUAAAGUUGGGAAUAGAAGUCUUCGCAAUUUGCUAAGCAAAUGGUCAUGGAGAAAAAACGCAAGUGAGCUUCCCCUGGACAUGGUACUACUGAAUAUUGGGCACUCUUUAACAUCCACCGUUUUUACGAAACUCACUGGGGUUUUGUUGUAUCAUCAAUUUAGGAUCGACAAGUUCUCGCAGACGAUGUGGUACAAUACCUUAGAACUUUUGUCGGAGAUGCUAGAACUGUUUGUGAAGUUACCUGUGGAAAACUUGUUAAGACGUUCCCAGACAUCUUACUUAUUAAGGAACAGACCUUCGGAUCCGUUCCCAGUAGUGAGAGACAACCUAAUUGUCACUCCCAGAAAUUACAAUGGAAUUUACAGCACGCUCCAGGACACAAACCGGGUGCACGAAUUGUGGCGUGGAUGGAGACUGGGUCUCUUGAGCGUGCUUUGCGGCUAUGGAUUAAAAAUGAUGAACGUCGAAGCUAUGGAGGAGGAAAAAUUCUGA